CUCCACUGCUUCCCUUCUGGCGUAGGCCCUCAGAGUGUGCUGCCAAAUCCGCAUCCCCUCUGUCACUUGCCAUCGAUCCGGCCAGAGGACGCCAGAGGACGCCAGAGGGCUAUCCGCAGCCACAAGAUGACUCGUCGGAUAAUCACCGCAAGUCAGGCUCACAUGCCUGGUGCUGUGCAAAUGAAGCAGGGGUUCAGAGCCGUUCAUACGGCGCGGCGUGGUGGCGAGCGAAACUUCCGCUGGCUUCUCCAGAUUGCUGGGAACCGAGACCUGGACCUGGGACUUGGACGGGCAAACGCGUCGCCACAUGCCCAGACCUCUCCGAAGCAGCUUGCGCAUCUUCUCUCGUCUUUCGCCUUUGUAGUGGGGGAGAUGCAUGGGACGGAAGGACAAUGCCGUGCCUUUCCACCGCGCAGAGAGUGCCUGGUACAUGAUGCGGUCGCCUCAAGGGAAACUCCGGACGAUGUUGUCACGGCCUCCCCCUCUCUUAUCGGAUAUGCCCCCUUCGGCGAGGCACAUGAACCUGGUAACACCGGCAGUGUGGAUCGUUGA